AUAGUCUAUAGAAAUAUACCCUGGUCUGGAAGCUAUUGUGUUAUUCUUUUGUUUUCCGAGUUUUUGAAAAAAAGUCACGUGAUCAAUGUAGUUGCAAAACAAAGAUUUAAAUGGCUAACGCUUUAAGUUACUCUCAACAAAAUACAGUAGAAAUCUUAGUUGAUUUCUUAUAUAGCGAUGAUUUUGAUGAAGAAAUUGAAAUAGAAAUUGAAGACACAGGUUCAGAGAUUUCUGACCAAAUUAAUCAACUUUGUCUUCAAUGUUCAAAGUCAUAUAAAACUAAAGGAGGUCUCAAAAGACAUAUGCUAUCAAAACAUAUGACCAAUGAAGAUGAAAUUUCUUGUAUCGGCAUUGAAGAUAUUGAUUCAUUAAUUGCACAUACCAAAAAAAAAAUAUUAAAUACAUCCUAUUAUCCCAAUGACUUAACGGAACCUAUUAAAAAUUAUAAUUUAUUUGUAACUGAUCAGUUUUAUGCUGAAACUAAAAAGUAUUUUAUAGAACUUUGUAAGCCUGGCGAUGUAGAAAGAUAUUUUUCUAAAAUAUAUGCAGACUUUGUUCUUGGUGCAGAAUCCUACUUUUCUGGAUUGCAAAAGCCUUAUUGCACUCUUUUUGCAACCAAAUUUGUGGAUAAACUAAUAUCACAUUCAAAAAAAGUAAAAGAGUUUUGCAAAAACUUUAAAAACUAUCAAUCUCUUAUCUUGUUACUAGAAAGUAUGCUAACAAAUGAUAUAAAACAAAAGUUAAUUGAUGUGCAAAACAGAGGAGGAUUAUCAGCUGUUAACAAAAAUAUGCAGAAUAUAUUUAUAAAAGUCGAGGAAUGUUUUCGAAUAAAAACCAGUUUUUAUAGCAUUAAAAAAAUUGACAUUCCAAAAAUUACAAAUGAAUUAUUGAAGAGUGAAGAAAUAUUAAGCUAUUAUAAUAAUCAUUGCGAUGCUUCAGGAAUAGUUAUAGAGAAAGAAUUAAAAAAGAAUUUAUUAGAAAAUAUGAUACAAUUAUAUUGUAGAGUACGCUCUUUUUCAUUAGCAAAGGACAUUACUGAAAAGCAUAAAAAAUAUUUAAAAGUUGAAAAUACUAUUGAUAUUGUAUAUUGUGAUAUGAUUUGCAUAUGA